AUGGAAGGACGUGGUAGAAAGUUGGUCAAUUUAGUAAUGGAUAGACACGAACCAUCAUCUAUUGACACAAUGACGUAUUUAAAUAAUGUCAAUAUUGUUGGUGUUGCCGAUCAGAGUGGCCAUGAGUAUGACACAAGUAAACACGAAUCAGAAACCUUCGAAUUCCAACCUGUUCGUGAUCUUAAGAAAUCUACAUCAACUUUAUCCUCAUCUAGCUCUGAUUCUGAAGACUCGACUGCAAGUAAGUCGAUUUUGACACAAGGGAACGUUUCGACAUUAGAACAAGACAACUAUGUCGUUCCUCUUGUAUCUGAAUUCCAGCUCCAUUUACCAGCAAAUAAUAACUCGCAACCAGAAAUAUCUGAAUUAGUUUUACCAAAAUCCAUCGAAAAUAGUGCAAAUGUUGAUGGCAAAUAUUUAAAAUCAGACUGUGAAGAUUUUUCACCAGAUGACAGUGGUGAUGAAUAUCGGCCAGCAAAACGCACUCGCAAAAUGUCUUUAUCUAGUUCAAGCAGUUCCUUUUCAUCGUCAUCAAGCUCAUCAUCAAGCAGGCCCACUUCUUUUCACUCUACUACACACAGCUUCAACUUAAUGCAAUCUGGCGAGACUCUAGAGAUCACUAAUAUAAAAAACAGGGAGACGAUUUGUUACUUCUGGCAUGAGGCUUUAGGAUGUCGGGGUGCAGUUGAGAUCGGUUCCUGUGUCUACAAAUUCCUGCAAAAAGUAUCUGAUAAAUAUCCUAAUUCUGACGUUACGUUUUAUACCGACAACUGCUGUGGACAGCAGAAGAACAGAUUCAUUUUCUCAAUGUAUCUGUAUGCCGUCAAAACAUUACGAAUCAAAACCAUCACUCAUAAAUUUUUGAUCCGCGGGCAUACCCAAAAUGAAUGA